GUAUGUUUCACUGUACUGGCAUUUAGACUGCCAAUCCAGUGAGGCAGACAAGAUGAUGCUGGAAGGGUUUGUGCUGUUACUGCUACAAGGGACGGGAGCUUUCGUGAUCCGCAGCCCUGUCCCCAGCCCAUGCCUGGGGGCCUCCUCUGGGAAGGAGCGGCUGCGCCUGAGGCCGUGUGACCUGGACUCCGAUCCUCCAUUAGCAGCUGUUCAUCUCCUGGUUCGCCGUGGUAUGGAGCAGCCCCUGACCACAGAGCCGCCGGGCCCUUGCAUCUAUGACCCCAAGACCCAUGGAAAGCAGAGGUCAUCCCCACGGAUCUGCCUUGACAGUGCCCUGCCGCUGGCUUCUGACAGCCGGGACGUCACGCUGCCUUCGGGAAAGCUGCUCCUCUGGGAGGCCAAGCUCAGAAAGGAGAAUCAGCGUUACAGAAGGGCUUUUGAUAAUGGAGAUGAUUCUGAGGGAGAGUCAGGGGAUGCAGACGAAAGCGACCCAACGGAGGAACAGAGGGAGUACUUAAGAUGGUAUUACCGCACAGAGGACCCCUCUUCCUGGAAGUACGCCAUGCUGGCUCUGUCCUUUGUAGCCCUCCUGCUGGGCUCUUUACUCUUUGGCCUGGGCAUCAUGGCUGACAGGAGCAGGAAGGCCAUCGCCAUGUACAAGCCUGCCAUCCAGCUGUUAGAAAUGGAGAAGCUGGACAGUGGGACCCAGAAGAGAGGGACCUCAGAUGCUUCACCCCAGGGAGACUGGGCCACAGUCACUGCCCUUGUGAACCGCGAUGAGGUAGACAGGAUGAAACCAGGAGACAUCGUGUUAAAGUGGAAGGACGGCAACGUGUCAGUGCUGUAGCCGGAAACCCAGAGCCCCGGUCCCACUGCCAGGCGACUGCUCCCUCCCAGCUGGGGGAUCGGGGGCCUCCUCAGCAGUGCUCCCCAGCCGCUCCUCAGGACCGCCUUCACUGUGACUGCCAAGGACAUGCAAAGCAAAGACCACACCUCACUGCACAGCCUGAAGAACAGCUGAGUCACUGCAUUGCAGUUCAGGGUCAGGCAAUGCUGAACUGGCCAGUCUUUGCAGCAGGGCUGGGGGUAUACAGUCACAUUGAAGUCAGUCAUAAAUAAUCACCUUUAUUUUCCUCAUUUUGAAUUUACUUUAAAUGCUCCUCCAAUUAAACAGAAUUCUGUUUCCAGCAAGUUUUUCAAAUAGAACAAAUACCUGAAUAUAAGAUACUUCCCCGUAAAUAUAAUGACAAAUAAAGAUUAGACAAUCAA